AUGCUCCCCCAACGAAUUGCGCGGGCCUCGGCCCUGCGUAGCGGCAUGGCAGCUGCUCGACGACUCCCUACGAUCCAACGCCGAACUUUCCUUCCUGAGCAGUACACCGAUAAGAAGGUUAUCGAUGCGAAGUACCCCGAGCCACCCAGCAUGACCGAGGCGGAGGACCCCGGAAUGAACGGCGGCUACAUCAACCCACCCCGAAUUAAGCGCCAGUUCCGUGAUCCCCAUGCCAACUGGUGGGAUCCUCAGGAGCGACGAAACUUUGGUGAACCCAUUCACGAGGAUAACGAUGUUCUGGGAAUCUUCUCUCCCUGGGAGUACACCUGGACCACCGCUGGUCCUGGUGCUAUCAUGGUCGGAACCUUUAUCGCUGUUUUCCUGAGCGUCACUGGAGUUGUUUACCUUAACUACCCCGAUCGUCCCGCCUACCCCCGAUCAUUUGAGGGUGGUCUUGAGCGAGAGCUCGGUGGUCCAGGAGCUACAAGGGCUCGCAUGGAGGGCGAUGAGGAUCCUUGA